AUGAGUCUUUUUUCGCAUUUGCCACCUCAUUAUGGCUAUUCGGUUUCGUCCUUUUCGGUGUUUACUCUUGGCGAGGCUACCUUUGCCUACACCCGUGCGAGCCUCCUUCACCUCAGCCCGUCCUGGCCUACACUGCGCCUAGCCUGGUGCACCCUUCCUGAGACGCGCUCUACUUCACAUGUGACUGUCUUGCAGCCAGCCACCUCUACUGCCCCCUCACCGUAUCGAUUAAUUGCCACUAACCCCGUCAACUUGCCGCCCGCUCCAGUGCGUUCGUUGUGUCUGUCAUCUUUCGCUCGCUCGCUGGCUCGCUGGCUCGAUCACUCGUUGGCUCACUCUUUCCUUCGGCGGCUAACACAAUUGCACACACACACCCACACACCGACAAGCACUCUCUCCAUCUCCGCCUCUCGUCACCUCUGCCCUCUCGGGCCCGACUCCAACUGA